GGGUUGUCUUUCAGUGCCAUGGCCGGCCGCAGUUGUGGCUGUGGCCCGGGCCACCUGAAUGAGGACAACGCGCGCUUCCUGCUGCUCGCAGGGCUCAUCGUGCUCUACCUGCUGGGCGGCGCCGCUGUCUUCUCCGCGCUGGAGCUGGCACACGAGCUGCAGGCCAAGCAGCGCUGGGAAGAGCGCCUGGCCAACUUCAGCCGCGGCCACAACCUGAGCCGCGAGGAGCUGCGAGGCUUCCUCCGUCACUAUGAGGAAGCCACCAGGGCGGGCAUCCGCAUGGACAGCGUGCGCCCUCGCUGGGACUUCACAGGAGCCUUCUACUUCGUGGGCACUGUGGUGUCCACCAUAGGGUUUGGGAUGACAACACCAGCCACAAUAGGAGGGAAGAUCUUUCUGAUCUUCUACGGUCUCAUUGGAUGUGCAAGCACCAUCCUCUUCUUCAACCUCUUCCUCGAACGGCUGAUCACAGUCAUCGCCUACGUCAUGAGAUCCUGUCACCAGCAGCAGCUGCGGAGACGUGGGGUAGUGACCCAGGACAACAUGAAGGCCCCUGAGAAGCGUGAAGCCGACAGCCUGGCUGGCUGGAAGCCCUCUGUGUACUAUGUCAUGCUGAUCCUAUGUUUGGCAUCCGUGGCCAUCUCUUGUGGAGCCUCGGCUCUGUACGCCACUAUGGAAGGCUGGAGCUACUUUGACUCUCUCUACUUCUGUUUUGUCGCUUUCAGUACCAUUGGCUUUGGGGACCUGGUCAGCAGCCAGAAUGCUCAGUAUGAGAACCAAGGACUCUACCGCUUCGCCAACUUCUUCUUCAUCCUCAUGGGUGUCUGCUGUAUCUACUCCCUGUUUAAUGUCAUCUCCAUCCUGAUCAAACAGACUGUGAACUGGAUCCUGAGGAAACUGGAUAGUGGGUACUUCCCACAGUGUCAGAGAGGACUCCUGCGGUCCAGGAGGAAUAUGGUGAUGCCCGGCAACAUCCGGAACAGGUGCAACAUCUCCAUAGAGACGGAUGGGAUGAUGGAGAGUGACACGGAUGGGCGACGUCUCUCAGGGGAGAUGAUCUCCAUGAAAGACACCAACAAGGUCUCACUGGCUAUCCUGCAGAAGCAGUUGUCUGAGAUGGCCAAUGGUGGACCCCACCCGUCCAAUUCAUCCUCCAGGGAUGAUGAGUUCUCAGGGGGUGUGGGAGCCUUUGCAGUAAUGAAUAACAGGUUGGCAGAGACAAGCGGAGAUAGGUAGGAACCAGGAGUAGCUACUAGAUGAAGAGACCCAGGGGCAGGUGGAGGACAAGACACUGUCACGCCCCCAGUGAGCUCAGCUGUGUCCCUGGCUGUUGCUAUCCGCUUCUCAAGUCCAGCUUUUGAAAUCUGAUCUUGGCCUCAGGCAACAGCAACCUCUCAAGGUUAGGAACUGGAGCCUCCUUGCCUGCCUCUUAUUUUACUCUUGAAUUCCAAGUUUUAUAUUGCUGAGGUCCUCACCAUCCCCCAGAGUUUUAAUUGUCUGCGGGAGACGGGUUUCCCUCCAGCUUUAAGUUCCCCAUGAUGGACCAUCACUUGGGAAGGAAAGCCCUGAAGAGCCUAAAUUCUAGCAUGGAACUGUGAAUGGCUGAGUUCACCACUUCACCAGCCCCAAUCUGGGCUUCCCAAGCAUAUUCGUUGUUGGUUCCAUAGAUGGGGAAAAGCAUCAAAUCUUCUCUUUAUACCCGCUUCUCAGUUUGGGAGUCUUUGGUUUAUUGUUUUCUUUGGUUUGUUUUGUUUCCUGUUUGGCUAAUGUAUCUUUGGGAUCUUAUGCGAUAAGACAAUUAAUUCAUCUUCGAGACAUUAAGGCGCAGCAGGGUAACAGCAGUGAAUCAAGGGAGGAGAGCAGCUCCCUGUGUAACUAGAGCCCAGAGCUUAGUUAACGUGUCCUCUUUGAAUGGCUACACAGACUGUCAUCUCACCAGGGCUUGGAGCCUGUUGUAGAGGCAACUGACUAUUUAUUAGAACUGAAAUUUUAAUAAAUUCUCAUUUUGUUAACUAA